GGGGCGUCCCUGGUAUAACUGAGUGGGUUUCAACAAUGAGCCCCGCAAUGAGCAGUGCAAUCAAAGUCCUCACAAUAAUUACAUUCAAUCAGUUUUCAGUUUUCCAUUGCUUAUAAAGGGGAAAAUCCAAAUACAGCGUGAAAAUCUUCCAGUGAUUUCUAGUUUAUAACCUGCUUUAUACAUCUUCAUACAUCGAAGUGGGCCCUACAGCAGCAGAAGUCACAUCAUUCGUAUCGCGCGGUUGUUUAAUCGUGUAGUCGUCGCCAUCAGGCCAGUGUUAAACUUAAGAUCUGACCAGCUCGAAACACAGCGCUAUCUUGACUGAAAAUCGGCCGACACUACCCCGACCACACUCGGCAUGGAGCCCGGUAGUAUUCAACACAGCGGGUAUCUUACACCUGGAGACGAAAUCAACGUGCAGGGAGGGUUCACCGUUAAUUUCCAGAAGAAACAUCGCAGAUUCUGGACCCUUCAGUACUUUGGAGAGGGCAAUCUCAUCCUCAACGGCUACAAAGAUGAGAAAUCAUUCAGGAGGUCGUCAUCGUCAUCGACAAACACGAAGACGUCGACGUUGGGUCGUCAAAGGAAAAUUUCCUCUGCGCCGGUUGAUACGAUACGUUUGAUGACGUCACUCAGGGUAGAUAAGAUUGAGAUGAAGAUGCGAAAGAAGGUGGAGAAUGUUCUCGUCAUCGUCAGCGGAUCGCAUCCCAAAUUCUUCCGUCCAGAUAACAAGGAAGCACUUGAAUCAUGGCAAAGUGCCUUCAUGAAGUUUGCUAGUGACACCAGGUCGAUCAGAAGACGACCCAGAAAAACUCCAGAGCAAAAGUCACCGGAUUCGUCAAAUCUGGAACGUGAUAGCGGUGUCUCGACAUCCUUCAUAACAUCGACCCGCGACUCCGAGCGUUCAUCGUCAUCGAGCGUUUCUAGCGAGGAAAUGGGCGACGAACCCAGUCAUCGUCACCUCCCAACUACCAUGUCAUUCGAUGUCGAUGACGACGACCACAACACAUCGCCCCUGCCAUCGCCGACGUUACGAGAACGCACCGGAAGACAAGUGUCCAGGAGGCAAUCGAUUUUCUGCAAAAAUAAAGAUGGUACCUAUGAAGAGAUGGUUGCGUCACGCGAGUCAACGGAGAGUGGGUUUUACGAGACAACUUUACAUCGUAACGGCAACGACGACAGCAGGCCUGAAUCCUCGUACGAUGUCCUAUCCCCAUCUUCAUCACCGCGUCAUACCAGCGCACACAACGGCAAUGAUCAUGAUACUGACGACCACGUCUUCCCUGCGAGACAUCUGAGGAAAUCGAAACACAGUUCAUCAUCGCUAGACAGCUCAAUACCAGAAGAGAGUGAUAGAGACUCCGGGGAUAUCAGGAAGAGGCUGGUCGAGUCACUGGGUAUGGGGGACUCACAGGAACUGCAACAGAUUUUGAACGACGAUGGCAGUGUCCAUACGUACGUUAACCUAAGGCGUCAUGGACGUCUUCCGACAUCGUCAAGUCCUCUAGCCAGUCCUCGUGUUCCCGCCAGGCCACCGGUGUUUCCGCCAAGGAAGAUGUCGGUGUCAGCUUCCGUCAGCGAUAUGGAAUACCACCUCCAUGUCGUUGAGGGUGCGCGCAGGAGAGCUGAAAGCAUGCCAAUCGGCGGUAUAGAUGUCCACGAUUUUCCCGACGGAAGCAACUAUUUAAGAUCAAGUCGAGUACCGAUUCACGAGGACAUAAAACCCUACACGGAUAUCGAAGCAUUGUUGGCUCAGCAGACGAGAGGCGAAAUCGAAGUCGAGAUCGAUAAAGCGGAUUUGGUUGAUUCGGUUGCUCUGGUUGACAUUACAGGAAAAGUCAUUGUCGCAGGGUGGAAAAGGGACAUUUUUGGUAAGCUCCACGUUGGUGAUCAACUCGUCCAAGUCAACGAGCAAGUCGUUUCUCAGUCCGAGUGGGCAAAUACAUUCAUCAAGACAUCAUCCAAAACCAAGAUCGUAUUGCAUGUGAAUCGUCUGCCCUUCGCGAAGAUCUUAAACUGUACACGAAUACACGAAGAGACGCUAUGGGGUAUCGAAUGCAAAGGGAACGAGAUAACCCACGUGAGGUCUGGUCCGGUGAAAGAAUCGGGUCUGACAGAGAAAUCCGAGUCGAGCGCCUUCUCGAAGAAAACGUGUGACUGGAUUAUUACAGAGGCUGCGAGCAAACCGAUUCGACUCAACUGCCCUAGAGAUGAGAUGAUGCAAUACUUGGCAACGAAAGACCUCGAUCUUCCCCUCGUUGUUCACCCCAAAGAUUUCAUCCAUGACCUAACCAAGGCAUUAAACAAGCUGAAAAGAUCAUCAUUUUAUCAUGUCGGCUGAGGAUAUUCCCCAAAAGAACUUGCUACCUACUCGGUAAAGUUUAAAGAAUAAAAGGAGUAUGGCGACGACGACGACGAAGACGAUCUAGAGGAUGAUGACAGGAUCGCAGUCGUGGCGAUGGCUAGUUGUCUUCUAUCACGAAGUUGACUUUACUGAAGCAAGGUCAUAAUCAUUAUCUCCUUGUUUCAUUCGGUGCUAAUUGGAUUUGCAAUUUUCAAUGUCAUUCUGGACCUCGAACUUCUUUCGUUGAAAACAUUUUUUAAUGAAAAAAAUUGAUUCUUUUUCUUAUAAAAUCUCUUUUGAGACGAAAUGAAAAGAAAUGACUUUUUUGAGUUAUUGCAUACGAUGAGAACUAGUGAGCCAUGAUCGCUUAAGAAGUUAUUUCGUUUUGAUAGUAUGUAAUAAAUCUGAAUUUGCUUACAUUUAUCUCAUUGCCACUAUGAUCAUUCAAAUAUCUGACGAAAUUCUUUGAUGGAAUAGCUUCUCAAUUGAAUAUACAGUACCACUGUUGAACAAAGGGUCUCGUAUCAAUUUAUUUUUAUAUUCAUACGAGAUGUAUAUAUUUUAUAUUUAUCAGAGUAAUUCUGUCUUACAUGAAUUAGUUACCUACUCAUUAUUUAUUAUUGUGUGUAGUGAAGCCGUCCUGUUGAUUGUUUAAAAGGAAAUUAACUCCUAGUCGAGUACCAUGUUAAUUUGAUGAGGCAUUACAGUAGAAAUAGCAAGUAUAUUUAUUCACGUGUUUUCUAUAUUCACGCUCUGUCAACCAACAUAUAGGGAGUCAAAAUUUUGCGCUUUUGUGAUAUUGUCAUGAUUGUGUUGACACCCACUUCGUUGUAAGAUGUAUUUUUUUAGAAUGAUGUUCUCUGUGCUCCGAUAUAUAUUCAUCGUCCACUAUUAAUGUGCUCUUUACUAUGGCCAGUUCUUAUGUAUUCCAGUGAGGUUCAAGGGAGAUGAAGUAAAGUCGAAAAUAUCAGCUUAAUAAUAAUAUCAAAAAUUUCUUCUAAUGAAUGCCAUCUAGGGUUUGCGAAGCAUGUUGGGCACGGAUGGCGUGACGUGCUUACCUAUAAAGCUCCAGUUCAAACCCGCCACCAUAGAGACAAGUAUAUAAUCGAAUUCACAUAGCUUUCUUAUUCCAAGAAAAGAUUAUAUAAUGUACGUUACAAUUUAUAUAACAAAACUUGAAACAGAAUGUUGUUGUUAUCAGUACAGUAGGAAUGAUACGAUUUAAGUCCAUCUACAAACGUUUUUGUGAAUCAAUGGGUCAAUUAAAAUAUCAAAUGCUGUUCCCGACCAUGGUGACACACUGUGCUAUACACUUUUGAUAUUUUUACAUGUGUUAAAAAUUUAAAACACGUUUUUCGAAUUCGUUCUUUUUGCAUGUAUUAUUUUAUUUGUUUUCCAUUUUUAUUAACGCUCUACCUUUAUUUUUGUUUCUUUUCUAUUAUAUGUUCAUAUUUUCUUUUUCCACAUUUAUGAAAAAAGAAUGCGAAUUGUUUAUAUCUUUUGCUCUUCGAAUUUUCAGAAAAGGCAGAUCAGAAUUCUGCACUUGGUCACUUAACUGAUAUGAAAUCUCAACGACAGCAGAGCUACGUAAUACCAAUUUGAUAAGCUGGUACAAUUAAAUACUCUGUUUGACUCACUAAAUUUCUCGGUUAAUCUUUUUUUUAAUUAAACAAUCAUUUUCAUGGGCGUUCGGUUUUUAACACGAAAUGCAAUAAUGCUCUCUUUUAAAACGAAUGUAAGGAUAAAUGAAAUUUAAAAAUGUGUCAUUCUGUACAUAAUAGUUGUAGAUUUACUGUUUAUAUCAAAUGUUGCCUUCACUUUGGUACCAUUAUUACAUCUAGCGAAGCUAGGAAGACGUCUAGAACAUUGUCAGUUUAGCAAUCUAUUCGCUAGUCGAUAUAGAACAAUGUUGUAAAAAGAUUAUAUUGUCAGCGUUAGCAUUCAUUCUAAUCGCUAGUCGAUAUAGAACAAUGUAUAUUAUGUGCCUUAUUGUUUUGCCAUCCAAUAUAUAAAGUUUCUGAUAAAACCGA